AUGUUAUUGGAAUAUGCUAAUAUGGGCAAUUUAAGAGAUUAUUUAGGAAAUAAAAGAAAAUUUAGCUCAUUACAAUGGAAAGACAAGAUCAAAAUGGCAUUAGAUAUUACUUCAGGAUUGUUAUGCUUACAUAGCGAAAACAUAAUUCAUAGAGAUUUGGUAAAAACCCAUUCAAAAAAUAUACUGGUUCAUAAUAAUCGAUUGAUGAUCGCAGAUUUUGGAUUAUCUAAGAUUAUAAGUGAUGAAAUUUCAACAAAUUCAGACUUUGGAGGAUUGCCAGAAUAUAUUGAUCCACAAUGUUACAUACAAGAAAAUUAUAUAAGAAACAAGAAAUCGGAUAUAUUUAGUCUAGGCAUUCUAUUAUGGGAGAUCACAAGUGGACGCCCCCCGUUUUCGAAUAUUGAUAAUAGAUUCACAUUGAUCUAUCAACUUAUUAAUUCUCAAAUUAGAGAAGAGCCAGUAGAAUCUACACCUCUAAAGUACCAACAACUUUAUCAAAAAUGCUGGAAUGAGAAUCCAGCAUUAAGGCCUGAGAAUGAUGAUGGUAUUUACAAAAUGUUAUUGGAGUAUGCUAAUAUGGGCAAUUUAAGAGAUUAUUUAGGAAAUAAAAGAAAAUUUAGCUCAUUACAAUGGAAAGACAAGAUCAAAAUGGCAUUAGAUAUUACUUCAGGAUUGUUAUGUUUACAUAGCGAAAACAUAAUUCAUAGAGAUUUGCAUUCAAAAAAUAUAUUGGUUCAUAAUAAUAGAUUGAUGAUUGCGGAUUUUAGAUCAUCUAAGAAGAUUAUUGAAGUUUCAACAAGUUCAAAAGUUGAAGGAUUGCCAGCUUAUAUUGAUCCACAAUGUUUCAUGCAAGAAAAUUAUAUAAUAAACAAGAAAUCGGAUAUAUUCAGUCUAGGCAUUCUAUUAUGGGAGAUCACAAGUGGACGCCCCCCAUUUUUGAAUAUUGAUAAUAGAUACACAUUGAUCUAUCAACUUAUUACUUCUCAAAUUAGAGAAGAGCCAGUAGAAUCUACACCUCUAAAGUAUCAACAACUUUAUCAAAAAUGCUGGAAUGAGAAUCCAGCAUUAAGGCCUGAGAGUAAUGAAGUUAACGAAAGUUUAAAUCAAUUGUUGAAAUCAAGAUUUAUAAAUGAAUUUAAAACGGCACUUAUUAUAGAAGAUAUUAAUAAAAUGAUAAAAGUUGGUGAAAUUUCUCAAUUCGAUUAUAGUGAAUUUAGCAAUUUUGAAGAAAUAGGUAAUGGAAGAUUUGGUAUUGUGAAUAGAGCGGAUUUUGUCAGCAGAGGAAUUCAAAUUGCAUUGAAAAGUCUCUUAAAUAGAAAUACAAGAAUAAAUAAGGAUGUCAUUGCAGAUCUUGUCAAAGAAUUAAAUAUCCAUAUUCAUCCAAAUAUCUUUCAAUUUAUUGGAAUAACUGUGGAUAAUGAUGGGGACUAUAAAUUGGUAUUGGAAUAUGCCAAUGGGGGGAACUUAAGAAAUUAUUUAGGAAACAAAAUUAUCUUUAAUUCAUUAAAAUGGAAAGAUAAGAUUCAAAUGGCACUGGACAUAACUUGUGGAUUAUCGUAUUUACAUAAAAAUGAAAUAAUUCAUGGAAAUUUGAAGAUUAAUGAAGUUGCAACAAGUUCAAGAUUUAAAGGAUUGCCAGAAUAUAUUGAUCCACAAUGUUACAUACAAGAAAAUUAUGAAAGUAACUACAAAUCAGAUAUAUAUAGUUUAGGUGUUCUAUUAUGGGAGAUCACAAAUUCUGAUGGGUAUUAUAUCAUGGUAUUGGAAUAUGCUAAUGAAGGAAACCUGAGAGAUUAUUUGGGAAAUGAAAACAUAUUUAAAAUGUUACAAUGGAAAGAUAAGGUUCGAAUGUCAUUGGAUAUUGCAAGCGGAUUGAUGUGCUUACAUAAAGAAGAGAUUAUUCAUAGAGAUUUGCACUCAAUGAAUAUCCUCGUAAAUAAUGGUAAAUUAUUACUUGCAGACUUUGGAUUAUCUAAACAUGUGGCAGAAACAACAUCUAAUUCAAAAACUGCAGGGUUUGGAAUGAUUGAGUAUAUUGAUCCACAAUGUUACAAGCAUCAAGAAUUUAAAAGAGGAAAAAAGUCCGAUAUAUUUAGUCUAGGUGUUAUUUUAUGGGAAAUAACUAGUGGACAUCCUCCAUUUUCGGAUACUCCACGGCAUUUGGUGUAUUCCAUUUGCAACGAAGAUUUCGAAAUUUUAGAUGCAAAUAAUUGUCGGGUAUAUAGAAAACCGGAUUUUCAUAGUGGAAAUAUCUUGCAAGGAAAUAAUAAUUCUUAUAUUUCAGAUUUUGGAUUAACAGGACCAGCAGACAAGCAAAAAUCAGAUGAUCGAAUAUAUGGAGUAUUACCAUAUAUCGCUCCAGAAGUCUUGAAUGGAGAACCAUACACUUUUGCUUCUGAUAUCUACAGUUUUGGUGUAAUUAUGGCCGAAUAUUCAUCUGGAAACCCUCCCUUUUAUGAUAGGGAACAUGAUUAUAAAUUAUCUUUAGAUAUUUGUAAUGGACUUCGUCCUGAAUUUGGAAAAGGAACUCCUGAAUUUUAUAAGAUAUUAGCUUAUAGGUGUAUGAAUGCAAAUCCAAAUCAAAGACUAACGAGCGAUGAAUUGUACGAUAUAUUGGAUUUUUGUUAUAAGUUAUAA